AUGGCUGAUAGCACGCGUUUGAAGGAGCUGCACGAGGCACAAAAGAAAAUGGAUCAGUUGUUACAAGCUGAGUUACUACAAAGGACAGUCACUGAGGAAAGAAUGAAAGAAUUGAUCGCGGGCCUUGAUCAAAAGGUUGAUGCGAAAUAUGAUCAGCUAUCUAACAUCAUGGGAGACAUUAGGCGACAACUCCAAGCUAUAGGGCCGAACAAGGAGAGUUCCGGGUCUAUUUUGGGGCCAAGUCCUGGAUCUAUCAGGAAGGAAGGUAACCAUGCUAGAAACACCGCAUUUACCUCUAAAAUUAGGAGUGAUUAUUCCUCCCCAUCUAGUUUCAAUUCUGGAAACACUGUGCACCGAAUAGAUUUUCCAAAGUUCAAUGGUACCAAUCCCAGAGGGUGGAUUCUCAAAUGCAACACUUAUUUCAAACUAACUGCGGCCAUGCCUGAUGAAAAUAUGAUCCAACUCUCUGUUCAUAAUUUUGAGGGUAAGGCUUUACAAUGGCUACAGAAUUUUGGCUGUGAGAAUUUAUUUUCUAUCACUUGGGAACAAUUUAUGGAUGUUGUUGCGGCUAGAUUUGAAGAUCUAAAUGAAGGAAUGAUAGUGAUGGAAUUUAAGAACCUUAAGCAGGUUGGUACCUAUGAAGAAUAUGUUGAGAAAUUUGAAGAACUAAGGGCAUGUUUACUGUUGAGCAAUCGCAUGACUUAUUCUGAAGAAUACUCCAGUGCAAGUUUUAUUAGUGGUAUAUUAGAGGAGUUACAAGGGCUAAUGUUACUGUUUAAACCUAAGACUUUGAUUGAAGCCAUAGAGAUAGGGAAUUUCACAAAUCAGGUUACCAGCUACAAGAGGCCUGAAAGGGGUGGGACAACAAACAAGCUUAAUAACCAAGGAAACAGUAAAACACCUGUCAAGAUACUCACUGCUGCAGAGAUGGCAGUUAGGAGGGAGAAGGGGCUCUGUUUUAACUAUGAUGAGAAGUUCUUUGCAGGGCAUAAAUGCAAGCACAAAUCAUUUUAUAUGGAAAUGACUGAGGCACAGGAGCUAGCCUACUUACAACAUGAAGAAGAUACUGUGGAAGUGCAAAUUGAUGAGAAUGAACCUAUGGAGGAGGUGCAUGUUAAUUUGCACUCUAUGGUGGGAGGUGUCAGUUCUAAAACAAUGAGGGUCAUUGGAAAAAUUGGAGAUUCCCCAAUCAGAAUACUUCUAGACACUGGUAGUACAUUGAGCUUUUUACAAGAGAAAUUUGCUAAGAUGAUUGGUGUUAAGCUGGAGCCUGUUUCUCCUAUCUUAAUCAAAGUUGCUAAUGGGCAGAAGUUGAUUAGCAAAAAGAGGGCGGCUGACUUAUCUUGGGAAGUACAGGGACAUCGAUUUACUUACUCACCUAGGGUGUUGGCCAGUGAUGGGUAUGAUCUAAUACUGGGGAGUGACUGGCUGGAGUACUGCUCUCCUAUCACCUUGGAUUACAAGGGUAUGACCUUUACAGUGCAUCAAGGUUCACAGAGGAUUAAACUAAGGGCAAAAACUGACCAAGCCAGAUUUAAGGAUGUCUUAUCACAUAGUUUGUACCACAUGAUGCAUUACCAUCUAGAUGAGGUGGAAGAGAUUUACCUGGUGGAUUGUCAGCAGGCAUUAGUUGGGAAAUCCAACAUUACCCCUGAACUAGAGCAUCUUCUGAGGGAGUUUCAUGAUAUCUUUGCAGAACCUCAGGGCCUUCCACCUGUAAGAAGUACUGAACAUCAGAUCCUACUCAAAUCAAGGAGUGUCCCAAAGCAUCAGUAUCCUUAUAGGACUUCCCACAGCAACAAAAAUGAGAUUGAAAAAAUUGUUCAAGCAAUGUUUGAAGCAGGGAUUAUCCAACAUAGUAAAAGUCCAUUCGCUUCUCUAGUGAUUUUAGUAAAGAAAAAGGAGGAUGGGUCAUGGAGGAUGUGUGUUGAUUAUAGGUAUCUAAAUUCUCUCACUGUGAAGCAUGACUUCCCCAUUCCUCUCAUUGAUGAGUUAUUGGAUGAGCUUCACGGGGCUAAGUUUUUCUCAAAACUUGAUCGAAGAUCGGCUACUUUUCAGUCUCUAAUGAACCAGGUUUUUCAACCUUAUUUGAGAAGGUUCGUCUUGGCAUUCUUUGAUGAUAUAAUUGUAUACAGUAAAACCGAGGGGGAGCAUCUACUUCAUCUCAGGCAUGUCUUAACUGUUAUGAGAGAACAAUCAUUGUUUGCUAAAGGGAGUAAAUGCCAGUUUCAUAGGAGUGAAAUUGAAUACUUAGGGCACAUUAUAUCUGGUGAAGGAGUUGCAACUGACCCAAGCAAAAUAGGGAGCAUGGUCAAUUGCCUACACCAAUGA